GUGACUCUCGCGAGAGUUGACGGUAAGCGGGAUCAGCUGACCGUACGGUGGGUGGUGCGACUUCGAGGAGCUAACAACCCAAUAGCAAAACACACGGAACGAGAGAGCGGUGCUUCAAAUCUUUGCACUCUUUAGUCGCCGAUUAUAAUUCAAACUACACCAUGGCAGAGACGGAUCCCAAGUCAGUCCAGGACCUCACAAAUGUGGUCCAGACGCUGCUGCAACAGAUGCAGGACAAGUUCCAGACCAUGUCGGACCAAAUCAUAGGGAGGAUCGAUGAGAUGAGCACACGCAUUGAUGAUUUGGAGAAGAACAUCGCUGACCUGAUGACCCAGGCCGGCGUGGAGGAGAUAGAGGCGGCACCCGAGAAGCAAAAAGAGAGUCAGAGCACGUCAUCAUGAAGGUAACAAGGUGCGAAGUCAGCCCCCGAGUCCAGGAGCCACAGACUUCCUCCUCCAUGACUUCUAUUGAUUUGGCCCGUCGUAGUGUGAAAUGCUUAUUUUGUAUAAAUAUUGAAUAUUGUGAUAUAAAUGGUUCCAGUUGUUUAAUGACAUGGGAAAGCUGAACGUUGUUUGUGAGCUAGAGUAGUGUGGUACUGUUUGUUCCUGCAGACGAUGCUCAUGUGCUUGAACAAGUUACUGUAAAACGUAGGAGGGUAGUUUUUUUUUAUUUCCAGACACCAACAUUGUAAAGGGAUAGUUCCUAAAAUCCAGUCACCAUCGGACACCAUGAACAGCUGCAGUCUUCUACACAGAUUACUGAAAUACAGAUGCAAUGCAUUCCACUUCCCAUUCACAUUCACUGAAGCCGUGGUUUCUCAAACGUCAUACUCCGCGUAACACCUCAAAAAAAAAAAAAA